AUGCCGGCGGCGGCGUCGGUGGCGGACCCCCGCCUCGUGCGCAAUACUUGCAUCCUAGCGCACGUGGACCACGGCAAGACCUCCCUCGCGGACCACCUAGUGGCCUCCGGCGGCAGCGGGCUCCUCCACCCGAAGCUGGCGGGAAGCGCCCGGUUCAUGGACCACCUCCCGGAGGAGCAGCGGCGCGCCAUCACCAUGAAGUCGUCCUCCGUCGCGCUCCGGCACGCGCACCCUACGGGAGUCCACCGCGUGAACCUGAUCGACUCCCCGGGCCACGCCGACUUCUGCUCCGAGGUCUCCGCCGCCGCGCGCCUCUCGGACUCGGCGCUCAUCGUCGUCGACGCGGCCAAGGGCGUCCGCGUCCAGACCCACGCCGCGCUUCGCCAGGCGUUCGUCGAGCGCCUGCGCCUGCGCCCCUGCCUCGUCCUCAACAAGCUCGACCACCUCAUCACCGACCUCCUCCUCUCGCCCGAGGACGCUUACGCGCGCCUUCGCGGCAUCGUCGCCGAGAAGACGGGCGCUAGCAGGUCCAAGCUGCUCAUGGGCUUCUGGGGACCGUACUGCAUAGACAAGAAGAAGAAGGCGGUUCUGCCUCUGAGUAAGGAGGCCACGGGCAGCGGCGAGGACCAGCAGCCCAUGUUCGUGGAGUACGUGCUCAGGCCUCUGUGGAAGGUGUACCAGAGGGGCCGGAGACCGAAUAGCGCCAAGUGGAUGGACGACAACGUGGUCUCCUUCUUCAAGCUGGUGGUGUCGCCGCGGGAGCUGAACAGCGAGGACCCCAAGGUGUCGCUGCAUGCCGUGAUGCGGGCGUGGCUGCCGCUCGCGGACUCGGUCAUGGAGAUGCUCGUCGAGUGCACGCCCGACCCCAUCGCUGCCCAGGCGUUCAGAGUGGCAAGGCUUAUGCCCGGGAGGAGGACUGCUGCCGCCAACCACACCUGCAGCAUUGUUGCUGAGGCGGAGUUGGUGAGGAACUGUGUGGUGGCCUGCAGCGCCAGCGCAAGCGCGCCCAUUGUGGUGUGCGUGUCCAAGAUGUUCGCGGUGCCGUACACAAUGCUGCCGUGCAAGGGGCUCAACGGGGAGGAGUUGCUGAUCCAUAGCGAGUCGGAGCCAGAGGGGGAGUGCUUCUUGGCCUUUGCGAGGGUCUUCAGUGGGGUACUCUGUGCAGGACAGAAGGUGUUCGUCCUGUCUCCGCUGUAUGAUUCGGUAAAAGGUCACGACGCGUUGGGCAAGAAUGUGCAGGAGGUGGAGCUGCACGGCCUGUACGAGAUGCUCGAGCAGGACCUGAGGCCAGUACCCAGCGUUGCUGCGGGCCACGUCGUCGCGAUUCAGGGCCUUGGCCAGCACGUGCUCAACAGUGCAACACUGUCGUCAACCAAGAAUUGCUGGCCAUUCUCGAGCAUGACGUUCCAGGUGUCUCCGAUGCUCAAGGUCGCGGUUGAGCCCUCCAACCCUGCUGAUUUGGGAGCCCUCGUAAAAGGACUGAAGCUUCUUAACAAGGCAGACCCGUUGGUUGUGUACACGGUCUCGCAGAGGGGCGAGCACGUCCUUGCUGCAGCUGGGCAGGUACAUUUGGAUCGCUGUAUCAAGGAUUUGCAGGAGAGGUUCGCCAAGGUCCAGCUGGGGGUCUCAAAGCCGUUAGUGUCAUUCAAGGAGACCAUCCAAGGAGAAGGUGUUGGCUUAAUGGGAAGCAUGAAGGCCCAACAGGGGUUUGUUGAGAGAACCACUCCGAAUGGGAGAUUCAAUGUGAGAGUUCAAGUCAUUAGGCUUCCCAAUGCACUGACUAAGGUCCUUGCGGAAAGUGAAGAAUUACUUGGUCAAAUCCUCGACAGGAAAAGUUCACAGCUUGAUCAGGAUGGCGGUAAUUCUACAACAAUGCUUAGGCAGCGCUUGAUUUGUGCCAUUGACAGUGAAUUGGAAGCGAUCUCUGAACAAGUGGAAAAUGAGAAGCUUGAGAGGUAUAGGAAGACAUUGGUUGGAUACCUUCAGAGAAUCUGGGCCCAGGGUGGCAGGGUCCUUCACAUGUUGGACCAAAUUUCCUUCUUUUGCCUGACUUUGAAUCAAAUUGUGGUGUCGCAGCAAGCCCAAAUGGAAAGGAAGGUUCUGAAGGAAGAGAUACAAGAAGGAACAUCUUUGUUCACAGUGCAAGCUCACUUGCCAGUUGCCGAAAGCUCUGAUUUCUCUGAGAAACUUAGGAAGCGAACGUCAGGUGCAGCCAGUGCGAUUCUAGCAUUUAGCCACUGGGAAGUUAUCCCUCAGGACCCCUUCUUUACCCCGAAAACUCCGGAGGAGAUUGAAGAAUUCGGUGAUGGUUCAAGUAUUGGACCAAACUUGGCCAAGAAGCUCAUGAAUUCUGUGAGGCGAAGAAAGGGCCUUCAUGUUGAAGAGAAAGUUGUGGAGCAUGGCACGAAACAGCGAACUCUUGCGAAGAAAGUGUGA